AGAGAGAGAGAGAGAGCGUGCAGGAGAGAGAGAGAGAGGCAUCACACAGCAGUAUCUAUACUGUCAAAAGAUCAGGAGAAAGCUUGCAGGUUCUGUGGGGGCUUUGAUGGCCAGGCAGCCGGAGUGGCUAUAAGGCGUCACAUUUAUCUGGGAAUCAGAGGAGCGAAGGGGAGAAAUCCUGGGGAGGCUACAGACGCAGGCUGUGAGGCACAGAGGUGGGUCAGCGGGAGGUCUCUGACCCCCUCAUUUUCGUCUGAGAGCAGAUAGGCAGAGAGUGAAUGAGGUAGAGGAAGGUGGAUGCGAGAGAGACGGUGAGCCAUAUAGCCCUUUAUCCCCUCUCCAUUCACAAAUCCAUUGCAUUCCAUUAUUGUAGCGAUGUCGCGACGAUCUUUCCGAUUGGUGGAGAAAGGGUCCCAUUGAGAGCUGAGACUUAACCCCUCUUUUCCCCGCGCUGCCUUUUCCUUACAACUCCCAUCUGUCUUUUUUUCACCCCUCUGUUAUUUCCCCCAUUUGUUCUUUUCACUGCCCCGGCACUCUGCUCGCGGUUCAGAGCCCUGUCCCUUUUCCAUUGUAAAAAGUGGGUGCUUCGGGGGCUGUCAUUGUGUUUGGCUUCGCUACAAAGAACAGCUGAGAGAAAGAAAGAAAAGAAAAGGAGGGAGCGAAGAAGAGGAGACCCGCGGAAAAGGAGGAGCGCCGCUUUCAGGACCCGGGACUGCGCGAAACGGCUGACAUCGCUUGGAACCCGCCGAUCGAGGAGAUUAAAGAGGAAUAAUAAGGAGAGAAAAAAAAAACGGGUGACAGCCGCCUCAGGAAAGCGAUCGAUUGAAGAAUCGCCGCGGACUGAAGAAUAAAGGAGAAAGCCGUUGUUAACCCGGGGUGCGGAAUACACAGUUUUUCUACCGCCACAUAUCUCCACAACACAAGUUCUUUUUGGCAAUAGCGGUAAGGAGCCAUCGCAAAUAUGAAGGGGGACUCGGAGGAAAGCAUUGAGAGCCUGCGGCCCUCCAACCUGCAAGCCUUCGCCAACAGUUCCACCUUGCACGGCAUGAGCCACAUCUUUGCCUAUGGGCACAUGACGUUCCGCCGCUUCCUGUGGUCUCUCUCCUUCCUGGGCUCCCUGGCCUUGCUGUUGCUGGUGUGCAUGGACCGGAUCUCCUACUACCUCGAGUACCCCCACGUGACCAAGCUGGACGAGGUCGCUGCUCCCAACCUCACCUUCCCGGCCAUCACCCUCUGCAACCUCAACGAGUUCCGCUUCUCCAAGAUCACGCGUAAUGACCUCUACCACGUGGGGGAGCUGCUGGCUCUGCUCAACGAGAACUACCAGAUCGCCAACCCGCACCUGGCCGAGCCCGAAGUGCUGGCCACCCUAAAGGAGAAGGGCAACUUCGUGAACUUCAAGCCCAAGCAGUUCAACAUGACCGACUUCUUUAACCGCACCGGCCACGACAUCAACGAGAUGCUUCUUCAGUGCACGUUCCGCGGGACGGGCUGCUUCGCCCACAACUUCACCACUAUCUACACUCGCUAUGGAAAGUGCUACACCUUCAAUUCUGGGAAGGACGGGAACCCCUUGCUGACCACCCUCAAAGGUGGAACAGGCAACGGACUGGAGAUCAUGCUGGACAUUCAACAGGACGAGUAUCUGCCGGUUUGGGGCGAGACGGACGAGACGUCCUACGAGGCAGGCAUCAAGGUUCAAAUCCACAGCCAGGAUGAGCCGCCCUUCAUAGACCAGCUGGGAUUUGGUGUGGCUCCUGGCUUUCAGACUUUUGUGUCAUGUCAGCAACAACUGGAAUUGUCUGGCAUCUGUGACUUCCUGCAUGGUGUCUGCUUGUCGCUUUCCCUUCAGUAUCUUCCUCCACCAUGGGGGGACUGCAAGUCCGCCGCUAUCGACUCGGAGUUCUUCUCCACAUACAGUAUCACAGCCUGCCGUAUCGACUGUGAGACACGCUACCUGGUGGAGAACUGCAACUGUAGGAUGGUGCACAUGCCAGGGACCUCCACAGUGUGCACUCCUGAGCAGUAUAAGGACUGCGCAGACCCAGCCUUAGAUUUCCUAGUUGAGAAGGACAAUGAUUACUGCGUGUGUGAGACCCCGUGCAACAUGACUCGCUAUGGCAAGGAGCUCUCCAUGGUGAAAAUCCCCAGCAAAGCAUCAGCUAAAUAUCUGGCCAAGAAAUUCAACAAGACAGAGCAAUACAUUGGAGAGAACAUUUUAGUGCUGGACAUCUUCUUUGAGGCGCUGAACUACGAGAAGAUUGAGCAGAAGAAAGCAUACGAAAUAGCGGGCCUGCUGGGUGAUAUUGGGGGACAGAUGGGUUUGUUUAUUGGUGCCAGCGUUUUGACAAUAUUGGAAAUAUUUGAUUACUUAUAUGAGGUGUUCAAAGACAAACUCCUCGGCUACUUCAUUCGCAAGAAACGACCCCGGCGAUGUCAGAGCGACAAUCUGGAAUUUCCAGAGAACCCAACCAGCCCUGGUGUCACGCCUAAUCAUGCCCCCAGAGUACCUGUGACACACUCCGGAGUCACUCGGACAGUCUCGGAUUCACGCCGAACAUGUUACCUCGUCACCCGACUCUAGGCAACUUCGAAGAGUUUGCCUGUUGACGACAUAAAGCUGGGGCGGGGGGGUUGGUUUGGGUGGUGGGGAGGGGUGGUCCAGGGGAAACCGGGGGUCGACAUCAAACUGUGACAGUAAUUAUACAUAUUAUGAAAAAAGAAAUUAUGAUGAAAUAUUUAAAUAGCGAAAAACCUAUCAAAGCCUGAAUAGAAUUAGAAAAAAUAAUACCAUUCAAAUAAACAAAAACUUCCAAACCGAACUCAGGUUGAACUGAAAUCUUCAGCCAUCACUUAUCCGCCAUUUGUUUCUGUCGUUAAUCCUGUGGAAUCAGAAAUCAUGUUCAUGCUCACUCUUGCAGAGUAAUUCCACGUGCUGUUAAAAAAGUACAGCACUCCUGGGACAAUGAAACAGGCCAACCACGGACGACCCUGCCGCAGCUGUUCUGUAUUUGCCAGUUUUUUUGUUUGAGGAUAAAAGAUUCAACUGAGGAUCACUCGCGAGGAACUGUUUUCCUUGCUGGAUAUGUGGUAGGAGAGGAAGAAAACACACAAAGACUCCUGUCCUUGGCUCCUACAGGUGGAACAGCACUCCAAGGAGAGCACUUGACCAGGCCUUUUAUCCUCAGCAGUUAUUGAAGUCUAUUACUGCACCUUUAUGAAGCCAGUCUUUGAGUUGGUGAUCUCUAUCUGACUGUUUGAAGUCAGACAGCACCUAUACCUGAAGCUUAUGUUUUAUGGGUGGGGCACACAGAAGCCAUGCCAGUUUUGGAAAGGUUCCAUUUCAGAAGUGUAACAUAUCCCGAACAGUCCAUCUGCUCUGAAUUCAAGAAAUAGAUUUAACAAAAUCUUUGGUCAAAAAAGUUGAGCAUGUUUGGCUUAGUAAUGGUUCCUCAGUUUGUAAGAGGAGAGAAUAAGUGGCCACAGGUUGUCAUUUGUACUUGGUAAAUGGGUCAUGUGAUAUGAGAUUACAUAAGCAGUGGAUACACUGUGGGAAGGUUUCUGUCUGUGGCUAUAGUUUAGCACCUUGGAGGCCUGACUGGAAAUUAUUUGCUCCUUUUGUACACACCAAUGACAUCACUUUGCCCUCACAAAAUCACCAACAUCACCUCGCCAUCAUUGUCGGGAUAUUGAAUUUUAAGUCAUUUUUAGAUGUACAGGCACAUAGUCCUGCUGAAAGCUCAACUGGUCAUAUCUUUCACUUGCUGUUGCUGAUUAAUGUGAUUGAGGGGACUGGCUAUACAUACCACUUUGCCAGGCAAUUUGGCUACCGUUCUCGGUCUGAAAGGAUGCCAGGCUUAUACAAAGUCAUAUUGAAAAUAAGCAACAGAAGGAAGCGUUGCACUGGUCUCACACAGAUUAUGAAGAAUUAUGUUUUUUUAUUUAUUAUUACUUCAUGAGAACAUUUUAUGGCAAUACUGGUGUAUUGGUCAGUGAGUGCUCAGGAUUUGAAAGCUGUGGAUGAUGAGAAGACCAGAUCAGUGACAAAAUUCUAUAGAAAGUGUGUCUAAAACUCAAGAAUGGGCACCAUGUUGAAAUCUGCAGGUGGGCAUUUUUGUGUUCUCAUGCUUCCAUUUUGUUUGUGUUAUCUGAUGUUGUCAUCAGCAGGCAGUUGAAGAUUUGCUUGGAUAUACAUGAAGCCAGCUCCUGAACAGCAGAUCAUUAUGAAGCAGACACUCUCCAAAUGUUACUUGAGCAUGUUACCUUCAGCAAUCACUUCUGAUCUGUUUUCAGAUGUUCCAAAACCAUUUUUGGCUCAUUUAUACAGAUAUCUGCAUUUUGAAAUUUAAUUAAUUCACGCAUCUCAUAUGUACUUGUGUGUGUGCAUGUGUAAGGACUGUGUAGGUUUUAAGUAAGGUUCUUGACAUGCAGGGCAAAGACCUCUGAGCACUCACAAGCUGAGUAAAUCCCCCUUUGCAACAUCUUGUCUCCCAUUGAAUGGCUAAAAACAAGUGCUUUGUGGUGCCUUUCUCACUCACUGGACAGCCUCUGCUGCAAGCACAGUGGCAUUCUUAGCAGGAACACAUUUUCUGUAAGCUUUUGGGAGAUUUGGUCAACCCAGAAGUUUGACAACUGCAGCCACCUAUCACUGUGAAUGUUAGAGUGACCGAAAGGCACUACCCACCAGCUCUAUUACUGUGAAGGUUGUGAGAUAGAUGUGCAAAGACAUUGUCUCAUUUUUUUCACAAUUAUUGAUGUAAAAGGUCUGUGUUGAUGGAGGAUAAUGUUGAUAUAACUGGCAGAUCUGUGGUGUUCAUGUGCCCAGGACAGGAUAUUACUCUUAAGUACAUAGCUAAUUGUGUAAAUACCAAACCAUUUUUUCCACUUUUAGUGUUUUUAUACAUGUACAGUAAUUGUCCUAAAUCAGUAAUACAGAGACUCCAGAGAAGCGCUGAGAAGGAAGGUAGUUUCCACACCUGCCAACGAUCAGACAAGAAGAUCUGAUUCUAAGUCUGUUAAAAAAAUGUAAUUCUGCCUUUCACUGGAACAUGCUUUGCAAGAGCUGUUUUGAACGUUACAUUCAUUUUAAUUGGCAUAAAGGGUGGUGGUGUCUAAAAAUUAAAUCCAGGGGGUAGUGUUGUGUGACCCACAGCAGGCUUUCAUAAAUCAGUCUUAGUGUUUAUCAGUAUCUAAACAAACACAGUACAUCAAAACAAAUACUUUGCACACUUUAUUUUCAAAUAUUUUUGUCUUUUUAACAAAAAACUUAAGUGAUUUCAAACUCCAAUUAAAUCUACAUAAUACACACAAUAUAUAUACAAUCAACUGUGGAUAGUGUUUUAAAUGGCAAACCCCAUGCACUUGUAAUGACUAUAUAUUAAUUUCGGUAUUUUAAGGAAAAUAUUACAGUAUUUGAACAAAAACAUUCAGAAAAACGUACAAGUGUAGCAAUAGAUUUUCUAUCAAGUUUUCUUUUUUUUUAAAUCAUGGAAAUAUAUCACAGGUCAAAUAUACAAUUAUGAUCUAAUAAGGUUUUAGCUAGUAUGUUGCUUUCCAUUUAAAACAAAGGGGCAUUAAAAAAAAAAAUUUAAAGCUUGUUUGUGAACUUUUGAACAAAACAGUCAGGACAGAAAGCAGUCAAAGGUUUAAGGAUGCAUGUCACUAUGUUUGCUGGGAGAAACAGACCCAUAAACGUUAAAAUAUUAAUACCACUCAGUAGCAGGGCUACUUUAAAUUCAGACUUGAUAAGGCAUACUAGCUACAUACACUCACUGCUCUCAAUUUCUGCUUUAUGGGAUAAACAUUUUGGAAUCCCAAAAUAACUUUAGUAGCCCUUGCUGAUCUUGAAUUCUCUGUUGAGAACUUUAUUUCUGUCAAAGAAAAAUGUUUAUUAAAUGAUUAAUGGGCUUUCCCUAUAGUACAAAAUCACCAUAUCACAAAAAACAAAUACAUUCAGACUCUUGUGCUUGAUUAUAUUAUAAGUAUAAUUCAGGACUGAAUAAGAAUAAAGUAGGGGAAAGAUGCCCGAAGCCACAUUAAAUAUCUUAAAUAUAUUAAAAAUAUCUUAAGUUUCAAAAAAGAAAAAAAAAUCUCAUGGAAAAUAUCAAACAAAUCAACUGAUUACAUAUUAUGUCCUCACCAUAUUUUUGAUCUCAGAACCAGGUUUUAGAGAGACAACUAUGUUGUUCUUAGAUCUAUGAAACUCUUGAUUCCCUGUACAGUGGAGCGUUGGGUUGGCAGUGUUAUAUUUGUGUUAAGCUAUGUUUAGGUGACUUCCCAGUCUCCCACACAUCUUUGAAUCAGACUAAAUUAGUUGCACACCAUCUAAAACACAGACUAAAAAUUGUUAUUGGACACAUCAUACGUUGGCAGGACUGGAAAAGCAGAAAACAGACCACUCAGCUAAAGAAAGACUGCCAUUUAUUUUCCACUGUUGCUGAAAUGCAAUGAUAUAUAUUGACAUAGUGUUACAAUUUCAGUAGUAGAUUUGUCCAUUUAUAAAUAACCCAGAUGUGGACUUAAGUGUCUUCCAGUCUAUGUGGGACAUUUACUUCCUUGAAAUUCUGACAUUAAGAUACAAAAACUGAUUGUCUGAUCUCACAACAGGCAAACAAUGAUCCGAUUAAUGGAUUGGAUAUGGUAUUGUAAAAAGAUUAUUUGACUUAAAAUGUAUUUAUGGCCAUUGUUUUAUUUUGCUGCAUUGUUAUAUGAAUAUGAACAGCUGUUGGAUUCAACAGAAUUCUAGUGUAUGUAACAAGAACACAGUGCACUGUGUGAUGUGUAACUGACCCCAUGUAUUAAAUAAGUAGUAAUUUAACAAUUUGAUUAUGUACCCAUCUUUGUAUCAAUCAACUCAUUUUGUUGUCCAUUUAUCCAUUUGCUACAUAAUGCUAACAAUCCUCCACUCAACUCCAACUGAAUGUCAAACCAUGAACUGUUAAUAUCACCAUCUCUGUAAAUAAGAAUUAUUAGGGUGUGGACAAUGAUCGUAAAAAUGACUGUCAAAUUUAUGCAGGCAGGUUCGACAUUAAGUGAUGGUACUUAUCUUCAUGACUGUUUACCUGUGUGUACUCUGCUGUUGUUAAAACAAAGCCUCUGAUGUGUAGACCUUCUCUUCGGGAAACGACUCAACCUCAUGUUCCGCUUGUGAGGGUGUCGUGCUGAACUUUCCACUUCAUUUCUUGGUUCCACAUGUGCGCUAAAGCUUAGCCUCAAACCCCAAGCCUAAAAAAACUCAUGCAGCUCAAUCAGUCAGAAUGUGUAAAAUAAAUGGAAGUGCGACAUCCCUGUUUCGUGAUUGUAAUUCGGUAACGGAGAGCAAAACCAUGUACUCAGUGUGCAAGAUGUCGCUCUGGAAAUCUAAUUCUGGGAGGAAUUCUGGAACAUUCUGGCAUCUAUUUAGCACGGCUUGACAAUUUAUAAGGUUUAUUUUAUUGUUAAGUAAUGAAUGUGCUGCUCUGUGGGUAACAACAGAUUAUCUAAAAAUAUAUUCUAGAAUUUAUUUCAGCAUUUUAUUUUGCCAGAAGGCUGACCACAUUUUCACCAUUGAUCUGAAUUUCAUUCAGAAUGCUGUUCCGAUAAGCACACAGUAUACCACUUGUAGUAAUGAAAAUGUACUAGAAGUGUUACCGGGAAAUAAUAUGGAUGUUGCCAUAUUCCUAACAUUGUUUUCUAGAGGAUUAUGUGGCCACGGUCAAUAUAUAUUUAUACUGCCAAGGAAAGUUUACAGUUUGGAGGCUAAAAGUAAGUAGGAGGGGUGGGUUUAAAGAAAGAGGAGGAAAAUCUCUAUAAACAUUUAAUCUCAGGAGUACAUACCUGAGGGUAUGGUGCAUACCAGACCUGAAGUGUACACAUUUGUCCUAACUUCAUUUUAAGUGUGUUGCGUCAUAGGCCCUUUUUCAGUCUACCCACAAUGUGAUUUGUUCUGAACUUUUUGUAAAGUAUGUAAGCGAUUAUUUACUUUUUCUCCUUUACACAAGUUCAGUGAUCGCCUAAAUGAACAAAGCAAAACAGUGCAAGAAAAGACUACACAGAGCAAAGUGGUUACGAGGCUAAUAGCCACAAAGCACACUGCAGUUAGACUGAACCUUGCCCAUGGUCUCCUCUUUCAGUUUACGCCCCUAACCUGAUCUCCCACCCUCCUUCCCGCUGGCCAAUCACAGAAUGGCAACAGAACCCCGAGUGAGGAUAAAUGGAGGAUUUAAAAAGCCAAAUCUAUCAACAGGGCAAAAGAUUGUCAUUUUAAAAUCCACCAACCAACAAAGUGAGAGCAAAAUCCUGGUUGUAUAUUCACACAAAUGUUUUCAAUGGAUUUUUACAACUUAAUUUCAGCCUACUAGUAGACAGUAGUGUAGCUCAGUCAGAAGUACUCUAAUCUUACAGCUCAAAGUCCAGUGCGUAUUGUUGUGGUCCCUACCUCUCUGCUCCUCCUUGCAUGCUCAUUGCGUGCCCCUGGUGUCUCAUGUACCCCUGUGUAUACCCUGCUAUGUUUGAGAACAUAUUCAAGUAUAUACCUACUAGUAUCAUUAUAGUACCUGGAAGCCAGAUGAAGCAAGCCACAAGCUCCUUGCAACCUUAAGCCUAAAAACGCUCUAUUGUGGAGCUCUUUCAAAUAGUCACCAGUCAUAAAUAGUCAAAUAGUCAUAAAUUAUAACAUUGUCAUAACAUACACAUUUCAGAGACUGACAAUUACCACCCUAAGAAAAAGGUUUGUAGCUUGUGAAAGCUAUGCAGGUAGCACUGUUUGUUGGAGCACAAUCCAGUAAAGUACGAUUAAGACCUAUUUUAUACCUCACCUUGUUAUACUGUUUUGACACCCCCCUCCCCAACUCACAAAUUUUUGACUUGUAUGCAAACAGCUAUAAUUAAUGAGAAAAUGCAGUUCGAACAUAUUGUUGAUAAACAAAUUAAGUGCACAAGUCAAUGGUUUCAAUCAAGGCAAGCCAUGAUAUAUUUUACCAUCCUCAGUGAUGAAUCUCUGAGCCUGGGUUUUUUUUAAAUUAUGUAUAAUAUGUAUUUUUUCUGGGUUUGAAGGGUUGUCCAAUCGUCCAUGUACCAGGCAAUGAGGGCUGUAGCCAUCUGAAAAUUUGAAUCUAGCGAAUUAAAAGUAGGUAAUUUAGAGGCCUUUGUGUAGGUGUUUCAGAUUCAGAGCAGCCUUGCCACAAUAUACCACAAACACAUUAAGCGUGAUUUACAAGACCUUCAACAUAUGCAAAACCUUUUAGCUCAUGCGAAAUCAAUAACACAACCAAUGAUUGGUGCAUAACAAAUACCAUGAUCAAUCAGUGGUCAUGUUAUUGGGUUUGCAUGUGCUAAAACAUCUGUAAAUGAUUAGGUCUUAACAAAUUGGGCCCCUUCUUCUUCCCUUGAGAUUUCCUUGUUUGCAUCAAUUGAUAAAAAAAUACGCAAACUGAGAACUAAAAAACUGAUUUUAACCCUGAGAAGUUUCAAUUUAAAACCUUUAAUUUUCAUAUAGGUGAACAAGCUGCCAAAUGGAAAGGGGUAUUUUAUACAAAACUAAAAUAAAAUAACUUUUCAACAGUCACUAAUUUGUUUCAGAAGUGCAUGAAUGGAUUCUCUUUGAUGCAUACAUGCAAUCUUUUAUGCACGUGUAUUUUUUGUUUCAAAUCCUAUUCAUUUAUGUCCAUUUAAAACUUAAUUUCAAUGAAUAGAUGCCUAGGGGACCAAGGCUUGGUUCAUCUGACUCCAUUUACUGUAUAAAUAUAUUCAGCAAAUAACUACCUGCAUAUUUUGUGAAUGAAUUAAGACCUGACAUAUACAUCAAAUAAAGAACCCUUCUCUUA